AUGGCCAUAACCGACGAAGACUCGACUGCAGUUUCUACCACGGCCAUCCUCGCGGGACUGAAUGGCAAAUUUCCCAUAGAUGACGCUGUGAUCGAGGCAUUGCCACCAGGUCUAUCUUUUGUGUCCGUCGAAGCCUACGGCAACAGUGCUUGGACGCUAACAGGAAAGAUCACAACCCAGAGGCCUGAUGGGUCUGAGAAGUUGUUUUUCCUGAAGGCUGCAUUCGGCGAACAUGGCGGUGUUAUUCUCAAGGGCGAGUCCGAAUCGGCUGAUAUCAUAUACGGUUUGAUGCCAGACUUUAUUCCUAGGCCGUACGCGUAUGGCAAAUACAAGACGACGAAUCCUAUCACAUACUUCUUUCUGACGGAUUUUAUUGACAUGGAUGUCACAACAGCUCCCGACCCAAUGGAACUCGCAACAAAAUUAGCUCAGCUACACAAGAAGGGCCGGAAACCCGGUGGUAAGUAUGGCUUUCAUGUCACUACAUGCGAUGGUAAAAUGCCAAAUACCAUUGCCUGGCAGGACACUUGGGCGACCUUCUACGGGAACUUGCUCCAAGGUAUAUGCAACGUCGACUUGGAGACAAACGGCUCCUGGCCCGAGCUGGAGAGGGCGACCAAACAGGUCAUUACGAAAGUCAUCCCUAUUUUGCUUGGGAAUCUCAAGCACGAAGGGGAGCCCAUCGAGCCAUGCAUACUUCAUGGUGAUCUUUGGGACUCGAAUCUUGGCACCAAUAUGGCGACUGGUGAGGUUGUUAUGUACGACGUCGGCUCCUAUUAUGGCCACAAUGAGAUGGAUCUCGGCCAAUGGAGGGCCGACUUCUGCACGCAUCUUAGAUCGAACAUAUACACACGUCACUACCUAAAGAACUAUCCAGCCGCGGACCCGGUGGAGCAAUUUGAUGAUCGCAACAGACUGUAUAGCAUGAAGGGCACCAUGAACUACUCCGCUGGUCAUCCGGGCAGUAUCGUCAGACAGACAGUCUACAACAACAUGUGCUAUUUAUGUGAAAAAUAUGCUCCAAUCGAUGGUAUUGAUAAAUAUGAUGCUCAGAAAGACCCCUCGGUUACAGGCGCUCAGUUAACCCCCGAUUUCACCAAGAGGGAUUAA